CACAGAGAGAAUGGCGUGAUUGCCUUUCCUCCUCUCCUCUCCUCUCCUCCUCUCCUCCUCUCCUCUUCUCUCCUCUCCUUUCUCCCCGCCUGGCACGUAUCUCAGGUGGAAUUAUGAAUCUUAUUCCAGGUCUGUCGGGGUUCUCCACCAUGUUCGGGAAGAAGAAGAAGCGUCUGGAGAUCUCGGCGCCCUCCAACUUCGAGCACCGGGUGCACACGGGCUUCGACCCGCGCGAGCAGAAGUUCACGGGCCUGCCGCAGCAGUGGCAGAGUCUGCUGGCCGACACCGCCAACCGGCCCAAGCCCAUGGUGGACCCGUCCUUCAUCACGCCCAUCCAGCUCGCACCCAUGAAGAUAUCCCCCAAGAAAACGCGGUCGUCCGAAUCCCCAUCGCGAAAAACGAUUGUUCGUGGGAGCCGGCCGCCCAAGGACGCCUCCAUUAACGGCCUGCUGGAGGAGUUUGACAGCAUCUCGGUGACGCGCUCCAACUCGUUACGCAAGGAGAGUCCACCGGGGGCGCUGCAGACAGCUGGGGGGGCAGGCGGCAGCGGCAAGCCGCCCCUGUCCUCCGCCUCGGGCCUGGGGUCCAAAUCGGGCGGCCCCGGGGGCCCCGAGGAGAACGGCUUCAGCCACUACUACGCCCGCUACUCCUGCGACCUGGACGGCAGCCGGGACUUCUCGCUGGAGCCGUACCGGGACAAAGGCAGCGGUGGCGGCGUCUACGCCUACGACUACACCAGCGGCGCCGGUGCCGACUGGCCCGUGGGCCGCCACUACCGGCAUUUCCCUGCCAAGCAGAAUGGGCACCCGCUGCCCAUGCCGGGCCUGAUGGCGCCGCUCCACCACCCCAUCCGCAGCCCGUUCUACCCGGACGCCAUGCCCCAGAAGAGCUCCGAGUUCGCCAAGCUGCCGCCCGACUACCACGCCUACCUGGAGUCCAAGGUGCGCCUAUCUGCGUCUGCCGGCGACGGGCCCAGCUCGGGGUCAGGGUCGGCCGGCACCAGGGACUACUACCGCGCCUCGCUGGGCGGCUCGUCGUCCAGCCAGGACUACCGGGAGGUGCCGAUGGGCACGCCGUCGCGCGCCUCUCUGCACAGCGACCAGCUGGGCUACGGCUGCAGCGAGGGCGGCAGCGACUACAGGGGAUAGGCCCGGUGGGGGGCAUUUGCGACUUCGCGUCGAGGGACGAAGUUUGAGGCGCCCAAAUUAAGCCGAGGAUGUGGCCAGAGUAGCCCACAGCCAACCAUUCGUCAGCGGUCCCGGUCAGGGUCCGGACUGCAGGACCCAAGCGGACCCCCCCACUCCACCAGCGCCUUCAAGGUGGCCCCCCAGGCACACCCUUACAGCUCGUACACUUACCCACGCCUGUCCGAGACCCCCAGCACAGCGCAGGCCAUGGCCAAGGACUACGAGCGUUCGGUGCGUGACGGCAGCCCACAGGGUCCCGGGGGCGACACCUACCCCCGGGGUUCCCUCAAACUACCUCAGGGUCCGCCACGGCCCGGCUACCCGCCCUCUGGUCUGCCCCCCCCGUCCUCCUACCACCACCACCACCACGCCCCUGCCCAGCCCAGCCCGCCGUACACCCCCCAGGGGCCGCUGUCCCAGCCCACGUCCCCUUACAUCCCUCCGGGGGCCUACCCGCCGCCCAGCUGGGGGUCCUGCUCGGAGCAGCCGCCCUCGCGGGUCUCGCACGAGCAGUUCCGCGCCGCGCUGCAGCUGGUGGUCAACCCGGGCGACCCGCGCGAGUACCUGGACAACUUCCUGAAGAUCGGCGAGGGCUCCACGGGCAUCGUGUGCAUCGCCACCGAGAGGCACACAGGCAAGCAGGUGGCCGUCAAGAAGAUGGACCUGCGCAAGCAGCAGAGACGGGAGCUGCUCUUCAACGAGGUGGUGAUCAUGAGGGACUAUCACCAUGAGAACGUGGUGGACAUGUACAACAGCUACCUAGUGGGAGACGAGCUUUGGGUCGUCAUGGAGUUUCUGGAGGGAGGAGCUUUGACUGACAUUGUGACUCAUACCAGGAUGAACGAGGAGCAGAUAGCCACGGUGUGUGUGUCGGUGCUAAGAGCCUUGUCUUACCUCCACAAUCAGGGCGUCAUACACAGGGACAUCAAGAGCGAUUCCAUACUACUCACCAGCGAUGGCAGGAUAAAGCUGUCUGACUUUGGCUUCUGUGCACAAGUGUCCAAAGAGGUGCCCAAGAGGAAGUCCCUGGUGGGAACGCCAUAUUGGAUGGCUCCAGAGGUCAUCUCAAGGUUACCCUACGGAACUGAGGUGGACAUCUGGUCUCUGGGGAUCAUGGUGAUUGAGAUGGUGGAUGGCGAGCCCCCCUAUUUCAACGAGCCCCCCCUGCAGGCCAUGAGGAGGAUACGUGACAACCUGCCUCCCCGGCUCAAGGAGUCCCACAAGGUGUCGUCGGUGCUGCGGGCCUUCCUGGACCUGAUGCUGGUGCGGGAGCCGUCCCAGAGGGCCACGGCCCAGGAGCUGCUGCUGCACCCCUUCCUCAAGCUCUCGGGCCCACCCUCCUGCAUCGUGCCCCUCAUGCGCCACUACCGCCACCGCUGAGACGCCUAGCAGCCUCCCGCCAGCAGGGGCGCUCUUCAACACACUCCCAGCUCACUCACUCGUGCACACACACACACACACACACACACACACACACACACACACACAUACACACACAUACACUUGCACACUCUCACCAACAGAAGACCUGAGAGAGACUUUUGAAACCAACGAUGUGUAACCCCCGGCCCCGCGAUCGGGGAUUAUUUAAUACAUAAAGACACUGACACCUGUAACCGUAUGUAGUUUAGACAGAAGUGAAAUUAACAAGUAAACACAAGAACAAAAGCUUAUAUUAAUGCAAACCGAAAAAAAAGGGUGGAAACACUAAAGGUGGAGGUGCCGGAGGUCGGAAGUCGGAGGCUGCGGAGUUGUGUUGCUCCAGCCGAAACAGAACAGUCUGGCACUUUCUUCGAGUCUUUGAGAGACAGUUUGAUGUUAGCGUUAAACACAUGUAGCGUCUGCAGCCCGUAUGAGUGGUCGCCAGGUGUGUGUCGUUUUUAUUUCUUUUUUCUCUGUCUAGGCUGUGCCGUGUGUGCUCACUCCCUGAGUAGACCAAUCGUAGCUUCCAAAUAGAGCCGAGGGAGAGAGGCUAGCAACCAGCUAAGCCAAUGAAACAAAAGGACUGCGAGACAUGGGUUCCGGUGUCAGAACCAAGGAGAUUCCAGAAGUAAGGGAACCCUUAAGAGAACCAGCAGAGAUGUCUGUGAUGGAUUUUUACACACUGUUCAGGACGCAAGGCUGUUACUACAGGUGGGGAGGGCUACAUGAAAAACCUUCGCUUUUUCACCCUCUCUUCUCAAACUUAUCAAUGGGAAAAAACAAACAAACAAACGUAUUUUAGAGGAAAAUUGUAAAAGUUUUUUCUGUACAGUUUUUUAUAAUCUGCAGUAUUUUGUGGUGACGUAAGCGUUGUCAUAUACAGGGCAGUGUUAUAGCGCUCGAGAAUAUCUGCCACUAAUAUUUCCUACUGUUUAUAUAUAAUCCUAAUUUUUUGACAAAGAAAAAAAAUGAAAAUAUUCUCAUUCUAAAAAAGACCCCAUCCUGAACUGUUCAAAGAAACAUAUUUAUUUAUUUUGAAUUUGUAGACAAAGCCUUCCCGCGGACAUGACGAGAAAAGGGUUAUUAACUUGGCAGACUUUUGUAUACCAUUUUGAAGUAUUUAUUUAUUUUUCUGGAACUGGAGGUUUAUUUUUCUGUAGUGUGGCCUUUUUUUCAUUUCACUUUUCAUUUGUUUGUGUAUUUAUUCUUUGGGUUUUUUGUUUUGUUGAGGGUUUUUUUUUAACCUUAUGAGCAGUGAUGUUAGUCACACAAGCAAUACCCCUUAAUACUUCUAUGGUACAGUAUGUAUGUCAGUAUAAUCACAUGUAAUUGACAAGGUUGAGGAUAGAAUGCAAAAGGCAUCCACCCGAUCUCUUACACACUACCUACCAGGUGCGGUCCGACUGACGGACUCUUGAUCUGGCCCUGAUCUGGCUCUGAUCCGGCUUGGAUGAGGCUCAGAUGUGGCUUUGAAGGGCCUGAUUGAUGUAAGGGUUAAUUUCCAUCUGGAAUCAUCACAACACUUUCAUCUUCAAACAUUUUUAGCAAUACACACACACACAGACACACACAGACACACACACACACACACACACACACACACACACACACACACACACACACACACACACACACACUUACCCACUUACUCACUUAUACACACUCUCACUCUCACUCUUCCACCAUCACUAUUGGUUGUGUCUUUUAUUUCCCCAUAUCAUGACAUGAUGUUUUUAAAUUGAUGUAAUCAAAGAACACCAUCUCCCCAUCUCUGUAGCUGAGCACAGACGCCCUCCUGUCCUGUCUCCCAUGCCCCACUGUGACAUGUAAAUAUGAUCAGGAACGUGUGUGUGUGGUACUGGCUAAAGCUUGACAUGUUCAAAUGAUAAACCCUAACCGUGGUGUUGCUUGUACAGUAAUAUUGCAUGUGUGUCUUCUGUAAAGCUGGUUUCAAUAAAAAAAAUACAGAUAUUGUACAGAAAUUA